CAAGUUAACAAUUGUUAAAGACGAGGAGACGAAUAAAGCUCCUCGUUUUCUGCCUCUCCGAUUCCAUAGCCGAACCCUAAAAUUCACCGGCCUCUUGAUCCGCCUCGGCCAUUGAGAUCUGCUGAUCCACAGAGUAGAUCAUCGAUUCUCCGUACACUGACCUGUUUUCCGAUCUCUUUCGUGUUCUUCCCGAACUUCGUGAUGGUGGUGGGCGACAACAACUCCUCCCCCGACGAGGAACAAAUCCUUAACUCGGAUCCGAAGGUUGCUCCUAAUGCCUCUCAUGGGAGCUCGGGUUCGUCAUCUUCUGCUCUGGCCGGGGCCGAGAUCGAUAUUGAGUCAGUCGCCCGCAGGAUCCAGCAGGCGCUAACCGUCGGCAACAAGCAGCACCGCUUCUGGGAGACGCAACCGGUGGGGCAAUUCAAGGACGCCGGCGACAGCAGCAUCCCUGAUGGUCCUAUCGAGCAGCCGACUCCUGUUUCCGCCGUCAAGCAGGAGCCUUACAACCUCCCCGCGCUUUAUGAAUGGACCACCUGCGACAUGGACGACGACCACACCUGCACCGAGGUCUACACUCUCCUGAGCAACAACUACGUUGAGGAUGACGAGAACAUGUUCCGUUUCAAUUACUCAAAGGAGUUCCUCCACUGGGCACUCCGCCCGCCAGGUUACUUCAAGUCCUGGCACAUCGGCGUCCGGGUGAAGGCCUCCAAGAAGCUCGUUGCCUUCAUCACCGGCGUACCUGCCAGGAUCCGCGUGCGGGAUGAGGUUGUCCGGAUGGCUGAGGUCAACUUCCUGUGCGUCCACAAGAAGCUGCGGUCGAAGCGUCUUGCGCCUGUGAUGAUUAAAGAGGUCACUAGACGGGUGCAUCUGGAGAACAUCUGGCAGGCUGCCUAUACAGCUGGGGUAGUCCUGCCGACUCCUAUCACAACUUGCCGCUACUGGCAUCGCUCGCUUAAUCCCAAGAAGCUGAUUGAUGUCGGCUUCUCUCGACUCGGAGCUCGUAUGACCAUGAGCAGAACGAUCAGGCUUUACAAGCUUCCUGAGGCAACUAUGACCCCUGGAUUCAGGAAGAUGGAGCUUCGUGAUGUUCCAGCAGUCACCCGGCUGCUAAAAGGAUACUUGAGCCAAUUUGUUGUCGCACCUGAUUUCGAUGACAAUGAUGUGGAGCAUUGGCUUCUUCCUGUUGAGGAUGUGGUUGACAGUUAUGUGGUUGAGAGCCCAGAGACUCAUGAAGUUACAGAUUUCUGUAGCUUUUAUACCCUUCCUUCUUCGAUUCUAAAUAACCAAAAUUACUCAGUGUUGAAGGCUGCCUACUCUUACUACAAUGUGGCUACAAAAACCUCACUUCUCCAGCUGAUGAAUGAUGCACUGAUUGUGGCAAAGCAAAAGAAUUAUGAUGUGUUCAAUGCUCUUGAUGUCAUGCACAAUGAGACCUUUCUGAAGGAGCUUAAGUUUGGGCCUGGUGAUGGGCAACUUCAUUACUAUCUAUACAACUAUAGACUUAGAAAUGCUUUGACACCUUUGGAACUGGGGCUUGUUCUUCUGUAGUUCGCCAUACAAUGUUGGAACUCUGGCAGGUAAUUGUCAUUUCAUUUUUGCGCAUUUUUUACUUAGGUUCUCUUUGUUGCAUUGUCUGAUUAUUUUCUAGUUGUUGUAAGUUCUGAUCAGGUGAUCUUGCAUUGAGACUAUAGAAUGAAUCUGGUUAUUGUCGAUGUUUGCAUUGAGAAUCAGUAAUGUGAUCUGAACCUGAUAGUAUUUUUUUUCU